GCGCGGGCGGGGAGCGCGCGGCCGCCUCCCCCCCCCCCUCCCCCUCUUUCUUCUCCUCCCUCGUCGCCGCCGCCGCCGCCGCCGCCUCAGCCUUCGCCUCAGCCGCCGCCCGCUCCCGCCCGCGCGCGGCGGGAUGGACGAUCAAUCCAGGAUGCUGCAGACUCUGGCCGGGGUGAACCUGGCCGGCCACUCGGUGCAGGGGGGCAUGGCCCUGCCUCCUCCACCGCACGGCCACGAAGGGGCGGACGGCGACGGCAGGAAGCAGGACAUCGGCGACAUCCUCCACCAGAUCAUGACCAUCACCGACCAGAGCUUGGACGAGGCGCAAGCAAAGAAACAUGCCCUGAACUGUCACAGAAUGAAACCAGCGCUCUUCAGCGUCCUGUGUGAGAUCAAAGAGAAAACAGGUCUCAGCAUCAGAGGAGCCCAGGAGGAGGACCCUCCCGAUCCCCAGCUAAUGAGACUGGACAAUAUGCUUUUGGCAGAAGGGGUUUCAGGUCCUGAGAAAGGUGGGGGAUCGGCGGCAGCAGCUGCAGCCGCGGCAGCCUCUGGAGGUUCUUCAGAUAACUCUAUUGAACACUCAGAUUACAGAGCCAAAUUGACCCAGAUCAGACAAAUCUAUCACACAGAACUGGAGAAAUAUGAACAGGCAUGUAAUGAAUUUACUACACAUGUGAUGAACCUUCUCCGAGAACAGAGUAGAACACGUCCCAUUUCUCCAAAAGAGAUUGAAAGAAUGGUGGGCAUCAUCCAUCGAAAAUUUAGUUCCAUUCAAAUGCAGCUCAAACAAAGCACUUGUGAAGCAGUUAUGAUUUUAAGAUCAAGGUUCCUCGAUGCCAGACGGAAAAGGCGUAACUUCAGUAAACAGGCCACAGAAAUCUUGAAUGAAUAUUUUUACUCACACCUCAGCAACCCCUACCCCAGUGAAGAAGCCAAAGAGGAGCUGGCCAAGAAAUGCAGCAUCACAGUGUCACAGGUAUCCAAUUGGUUUGGCAACAAACGAAUCAGGUACAAGAAGAAUAUCGGCAAGUUUCAGGAAGAAGCCAACCUCUAUGCUGCAAAGACGGCCGUGACAGCUGCACACGCAGUAGCAGCAGCUGUGCAGAACAACCAGACCAAUUCGCCCACCACACCAAAUUCCGGUUCUUCUGGUUCUUUUAACCUCCCAAAUUCUGGGGACAUGUUCAUGAACAUGCAGAGUCUGAAUGGGGAUUCUUACCAAGGGUCCCAAGUCGGAGCCAAUGUGCAAUCACAGGUGGAUACCCUCCGUCAUGUUAUCAAUCAGACGGGAGGCUACAGUGAUGGCCUUGGAGGAAAUUCACUGUACAGUCCACAUAAUUUAAAUGCUAAUGGAGGCUGGCAGGACGCAACAACUCCAUCUUCUGUGACUUCUCCUACAGAAGGCCCAGGAAGUGUGCACUCGGAUACCUCUAACUAAUCUCUGGCCACACUUUUCCCUGAGCUGACAUGCCUUGAUAAGUGCAUUCAGAGCAAUAGGAGGAAAAGGAAAGCGUUUUUGUAGCCCACCAUCUACAGCUUUACUGUAAAACCUUGUCUUAUUAGAGAACUUGGUAAAUCUGUUUUUUAAGGAAUCAUAAUCAUUUGUAUUUAUACUUAAAAACACACAAUGUUUAAAAAAAAAAAAAAGCACUUUAUCCAAUUAGGCCAAGAUUUAACAUUGUUGACAGUCCUGUAGCUAUUUUAUCAUAAUUUAUUAUCAAUAUUUUACAUUAAUGGUUUCACAGUUGCCAAUUACUUGGCCUUAAGGGUAAAAAGUACAAUAUACACUAAACCUCAAUCGUUAAAGCAGAUGCAAAAAUUCACCUCAUCUAAAUUGAACUUCUUGCAUAUUUCCAUUACUGACUUGGAUUGUCUUACUUUCAUAUCACUAAUGGAGUUGGAAUAAAGAGCUGUUUGGCUAUCCCUGUUAAUGAUGGUUGUGUUUAAGAAUCUUCCUCGUCACGUUUGUGUUCAGAUCUCUUAUGUUAUAAUUAGAUCAGAGACUGGUAGCAUCGUUUCUCUCUCUGAAAGCACCAGUGCCCAGAGUCUGCUCGGUAAUAAAAUUAUGGAUCCAGAUUGUUCUGAGAGAUGAAGAUACUUGCUGCUGAUAGAAGUGAAAACGAGAUCGAUCCGUCUGGGGUUUUACGGUGUGCACUGGGUGCUGCAUACACUUGUCAAGGUUUGCUACGUCCUCUGGGCAUCCGCAAAAGGCCCUGCUCUCUGGAGUGUUGUAUAUAGUGUAGCAAAAGAGUAUUUAUACAUCCCACCAAUCAAAACACAGCUUUAUUACCUCAUGCGAACUCAUACAAACCAAUAGAAUUUCAACAUGUUCUGUAGCUUAGAGUGCUCACUUACUACCUCUGAACAAUACUCACGCUGUAGUUUGUCUCUUUCUUAUCUUUUUGCAUCUUGUAAUUAACUCUUUGUUUCCCUUCAUAAAAUGUAAUGUACAUUGUAAUCUUUUAAAAGAAAAAUCAGGGUUGCAUUUGCAACUUUUAAAAAACCGAGAGUGGAAACAUUGGGUCUUAAUUCAACACAGGAUCAGAAAAACUGUUGUAAAUACUGAGAAACAUUUUGAAUGUUCUUCAUCUUACUACUAAUCCAUGCAAAAAAAAAAAAAAAAAAAAAAGCAGCGACUAAUUGUGAUGCAUUCAGAUUUCAGUAUUCAGUACUGUAUAUUUCACCCUGUGUAAUGGGGCCCCCUCUCCUUUCUCUUUUUGUAUUGUAUGCGAUUCUGAAACUGAUUGAGUCAUGAAAAUAAUUUGUGGCGGUGAUUCUAAUGUAUUAAAAACGUUUCGUGUUCCUUUCUAACUGGAUUACACCCUGGAUUGAAAAAGUCUUCCUCGUGGUAGUUAUAUGUAGUUUCAAACAUGAAUAAACUUUUUGCUUUCAUGAUUAAA